UCGGAAUGUGACGCAGUAAGGAGAGAUCGUCAUAGAUCGUCAUAGAUGACAUGAGAAGAAUGUCCGCUGCUUCGACCUUCCACAAGACCCGAUCAUCUACCAACAUCUAACCGUGUGUUGGGGUGUGCUAGGAAAAUAGAUGUCAUAGAAAAAGUGAAGAAAUUAUAGAUUGUCUGAUAGGAGAGAUCUAUAAUAGCUGGGGGUACCUACCUAGAAGGGGUGCCAGCUGGUGUUAUAUUAAAUAUUCUCUGUAUUGUAUGUAGAAGCCCUUCCAAUGGCUGUAGAGCAGUGUAACCUCCCUUCUGGGAUGAUCCCCCAUACUUUUCCAGCCAAGCUAUGGCGAAUUGUGAAUGAGCCCCGCUACCGUUCAAUGCGAUGGGACCAGUGCGGAGAAGGGAUCGUCGUCGAUCAGGAGUUUUUCGAGGCCGAGAUAUUAGCCCCCAGAGGGAUUGUGCCCAAGCACAUCUUUAAGGUAACCAGCCUUGGCAGCUUUUUCCGUCAGCUCAACCUGUACGGCUUCAGGAAAGUGGGGUUCGCACCCGGCGAUUCCGGUCACCAUGUCGGCAACCUAGGAGGCGAAGCUCGCAGUCUUCAUCACUUCUGUAACGCCUUCUUCCGCAGAGAUAAUCCAGAGCUUCUGUUCAAGUUAAAGAGACUGACGAACAUUAACAAGGCAAAGUUGGCGGCAGGAUUUAAAGGGAACGCCAGGCCUCAAAACCGAUACCCGAGAAUUCUACCAAAUCCACAGGAAGAGCAAAGAAGGGCAAAGAGUCAAGGUCUAAUGCCACCGCAACAGAAUAAGCAUUUUACUAGGCACGAAAAUAUUUCUCUGUACCCCCGCGCUGGUCCGGUGUCCCAAAGCCAUUCUGUGUCUUCUAUAAAAGAGUUUGUUGACAUGCCAGUGUCUACUAAGAUGUUGCCAAGUUCAUUGGGACCUCAUCAAGGGUACUUCAGUGUUCCAUCACCAUUCCCAGAAAGGCCAGUCCAUUUUCCUCUCGUCCAGCAAGUUCCAACCCAAGUUGCAUAUACACUGCAAUCCACUGCCACUUCUCUUCAUGUCCAACAAGGUCACUCUGUCAUGAUGGAGUCUGUGCAGAAUUAUGGAAGUUCACUCCCCAUGCAGUAUCAGUAUCCUAGUGCCUAUUAUCCAGCAGCUAUGUUCCCGGGGGGCUAUCCACCCUCAUACACGGAAUGUCCCCCAAGCUUUUCUAACCCUGUUUUGUUAUACAACCCUCAUAAUUAUUAUCAGGGACCACCAGUGCAGGCACCCCACCUUGUGGAAUUCUACAAUCCAAAUUUGCCACACACUAACUACAAUGAUUUCAGGAGGGACCAGGCGAAUUUGAAUACAGCUGUCUGGGUUUCAGAUGACAUGCAGGCUUCACACCAACCUGAAAUGGCUCAACUAGGUGUUCAAGUAAAUCACAGACAGCCAUUGUCAAUUUCAAAUUAUGGUCAUGUUAUAGAAACCUUUGAACACGGUCAAACACCGCAGCUGCAAUACAUAAUGCCUGUAAAUAUGGACAUCACCAACUGUGCUGCGAGAUCAUACCAGGCUGCUCCCUUCUUGCAUACACAGGCAUCAGGUGGUGCAUAUCCUUCAAGCAGUAACACUGAGAGACCACUAAUGCAGCCACCUUACCCUAUGGAGGUCUUCCAUCCAUAUUUGCCACACACUAACUUCGCUGAUUUCAGCAGAGCCCAGGUGAAUUUGGAUACAGCUGUCCAGGUUGUAGAUGACUUGCAGGCUUCACACCCGCCUGAAAUGGCUCAACUAGCUGUUCAAGAAGAUCACAAAGAGUCGUUAUCAUCCUCAAAUGAUGGUCAUGUUCCAGAAACCUUUGAACAUAGUCAAACACAGCAGUUGGAAUGCUUACUGGCUGUAAAUAUGGACAUCACCAACUGUGCUGCAAAAUCAUACCAGACUGCUCCCUACUUGCAUACACAGGCAUCAGAUGUGCAUAUCCGUUAAGCAGUACCACUAAGACCGCACCACUGUAGAAGAACUCUCAAGUUUCCUAAAGA